UCCCCUGUUCUCCCCCCUCCUACCUCGUUCACAUCUCUCUCUCCCUCCCUCUCUCUCUCUCUCUCUCUUACUAUAAAACCAAAACCCACUCUGCCUCUCUUUUCCCCUGCCCUUCCUCUUCUCACUGUUCUCCCUGGAGACAAGCAAUGGCUGUCGCUUCCAGGGCAACAAGAACGACGGCGACAACACCACCGCCAUCAGAGCUUCAGAUCCCCAAGAGAUGGAAAGACGGAGAAACCAUCCCCGAGAGAACCAAGGUCUGGGCCGAGCCCUCCAAGCCCAGCAAGGCCGGCACCGAGAGAAGAGUCCCCGUCGUGUACUACCUCUCCAGGAAUGGCCAGCUCGAGCAACCCCACUUCAUGGAAGUCCCUCUCUCUUCCCCUGAAGGACUCUUUCUCUCUGAUGUAAUUAACCGCUUGAACCUCCUCCGUGGCAAAGGCAUGGCUGCCAUGUACUCCUGGUCUUCCAAACGGAGCUACAAGAACGGCUUCGUGUGGCACGAUCUGGCCGAGAACGAUUUCAUCUACCCAUCGCAUGGCAACGAGUACGUGCUCAAGGGAUCGGAGCUCCUCGAGUCUCCUACUCCGUCGUCUUCCUCGACCGCGAGGCCUCUCGAGUCGGUGUCGUUCCGGUCCCCGAAGCCGAUCAACACGCCGAAGUCGAUCGACGAGUCGGACUUCCCGGUCAUCGCCCGUCGGAGGAACCAGUCGUGGAGCUCGAUCGACCUCCACGAGUACAAAGUCUACAAGGCCGAGUCCAACGGCGAGUCGACGCCGACAGCGGCGGCGGACGCGUCGACCCAGACGGACGACAAGAGAAGGCGAAGACGACACGUCAAAGAGAGGGAGAGCGAGAUUCGCGAGCUUCGCGGAGACGACGGAGCGGACCAGGGUCAAAGUCAGAAUCCCGGUCGAAAUCAGACGACGGAGCUGAGCAGGGACGAGAUCUCGCCGCCGCCGUCGGAUUCCAGCCCCGAGACGCUGGAGACCCUGAUGAAGGCCGACGGACGUCUGAUAAUAGGCGGCUUGAACCACGGAGGCAAAGAGGCGGACGGCGGAUCGGAUCGGGCGGCUGGGAACCUCCAGGGUGGCAAGAUCAGGGCGUCCUCGGUGCUGAUGCAGCUGAUAUCGUGCGGCUCGCUCUCGUUCAAGGACUGCGGGGCGACGUACAUUAAAGAUCAAGGGCUGUCGCUGAUUGGGCACUCCAAGACGAGGCUGCGCCGCGGAGCAGGGGAUAACAACGGCAGCAGCGGCGCCGGAAGCGGCAAACGGGCGGGGGCAUCGGGGAAAAUCCCGAACUUGGCGGGGUUAAGUUUGGAAGAUAAGGAGUACUUCAGCGGCAGCUUGAUCGAGACCAAGAAGAAGGACGAGGUGGUCGUCCCGGUAUUGAAGAGAUCAUCUUCUUACAAUGCUGAUCGGAUCUCGCCAAAUGCAAAUAACCGAAAAGGGGUUGAGUGAAAGUGGAGGCGAAACGCAUAGCGAGAGAUACAAACUAUUGAGAAAGAGCGGGAUUUACAAGGUCCAAAACAAGAAAGGUAGAAUUAGAGGAAAGCGAAAGCCAAUAAAAUUGUGGUAGUUGUCGCUAUAUGUCAUUGGUGGGAGUAAAUCUCGUCAGAAGAUAUGUAUGUGUAAUUAAAUAGUUCGCCUAAACUGAAACUGGACGCAGAUAGAGAGAGAUCAAGGACGCUUGUGGUGGAUCCACUAAAAACGCGCAGGGAAAGGCGAAGAGAAGGGAAUGUAACCCCAGAAACCGAG